AUGGCGCUGGUGAGGCCUGGAACUCGGGACCCCAGACGCCCCGCUUUUCUCCUGCUGCUGCUGCUGCUGCUCUGUGUCCCUACCCUAACCCUUCUGGCUGGAACGCUGCCUUCGGAGACCCCUAGUGCUUGUGCCUCACAUCCCUGUCCCCCAGGAACAGAGUGCCAGCCUACGGAGAGUGGGGGCUAUACCUGUGGGUCCACAGAACUCCAGGGCUGUGCCACCCAGCCAUGCCACCAUGGCGCUCUUUGUGUGCCCCAGGGUCCAGAUCCCAAUGGCUUCCGCUGCUACUGUGUCCCGGGCUUCCAGGGUUCAUACUGCGAGCUGGACAUCAACGAGUGCGCAUCCCGGCCCUGCCGCCACGGGGCCACCUGCCACAACCUGGCCGAUCACUAUGAGUGCCAUUGUCUCCUUGGCUACACAGGCGUGAACUGUGAGACUGAGGUGGACGAGUGCGCCUCAGCGCCCUGCCUGCAUGGGGGGUCGUGCCUGGACGGCGUGGGCUCCUACCGCUGCGUGUGUGCACCAGGCUACGGGGGCGCCAGCUGCCAGCUGGACCUUGAUGAGUGCCAGAGCCAGCCGUGCGCACACGGGGGUGUGUGCCAUGACCUGGUUAAUGGGUUCCGGUGUGACUGCGCGGAUACUGGCUACGAGGGCGCCCGCUGCGAGGAGGAGGUGCUGGAGUGCGCGUCUGCUCCCUGUGCGCACAACGCGUCCUGCCUGGAAGGCCUGGGGAGCUUCCGCUGCCUCUGCUGGCCAGGUUACAGUGGCGAUCUUUGUGAGGUGGAUGAGGACGAGUGUGCUGCGGGCCCCUGCCACCACGGGGGCCAGUGCCUGCAGCGCUCCGACCCGGCCCUGUACGGGAGUGCCCAGGCCACCUUUCCUGGCAAGUUCAGCUUUCGCCAAGCCGCUGGCUUCCUGUGCCGUUGUCCAUCAGGUUUUGAGGGGGACGACUGCAGCGUGGAUGUGGACGAGUGUGCCUCCAAGCCGUGCAUGAAUGGAGGCCGAUGCCAGAACCUGCCCAAUAGCUUCAAGUGCCACUGCCCUGAUGGUUAUACAGGCUUGACAUGCCAGGAGGAGGUGGACGAAUGCCUGUCGGAGCCCUGCCUCCACGGUGGGACCUGCAAUGACACUGUGGCAGGCUACAUCUGCUGGUGCCCAGAGACCUGGGGUGGGCACGACUGUUCUGUGCAGCUCACCGGCUGCCAGGGCCAUACCUGCCCACUAUCUGCUACUUGCAUUCCCAUCUUUGAAUCUGGGGUCCACAGUUAUGCCUGCCACUGUCCACCUGGUACCCACGGACUCCUCUGUGACCAGAACACCACUUUCUCGGUGGCUGCUGGGAGCCCUGUUCAGACGUCAGUGCUGGUUGGCAGCCCACUGGGUCUGGCACUGCGUUUUCGCACCACGCUGCCCAAUGGUACCUUGGCCACACGCACUGACACUCAGGACAGCUUGGAGCUGACACUGCUGGGGUCUACGCUUCAGGCCACAUUCAAGAGGCAGAGUGCCACUGUGCUCAUCCUGACGCUACCAGACCUAGCCCUAAAUGAUGGCCACUGGCACCGGGUAGAAGUGACCCUCCACCUCGGGACCCUGGACCUUCGGCUGUGGCAUGAGGGCUGCCCUGCACGGCUCUGCAUGGCCUCUGGUCCUGUGGACCUGGCUCCAUCGUCUUCAAUGGCCCCGUCACCUGCUGGGCUUUGCUUCCUCCAGCUGGGUGGUGCAGGCUUUGCAGGCUGCCUCCAAGAUGUGCGUGUGGACGAGCACCUCCUGCUGCCUGAAGAGCUUGGGGAGAGUGUCCUCCUGGGCUGUGAGCGCCAUGAGCAGUGCCAACCUCUUCCUUGCGCCCAUGGAGGGGCCUGUGUGGACCUAUGGACUGACUUCCGCUGUGACUGUUCCCGACCUUACAGUGGCCCCCAGUGUACUGAUGAAGUUCCUGCUGCCACCUUUGGUUUGGGGGGCACCCCAAGCUCAGCCUCCUUCCUGCUCCACGAGUUGCCAGGCCCCAGCCUCACAGUAUCCUUUCUCCUCCGCACUCGGGAGUCCGCUGGGCUGCUGCUCCAGUUUGCCAAUGACUCGGAAGCCGGCUUGUCAGUGUUCCUGAGUGAGGGCCAGAUUAGGGCGGAGGCACUGGGUAGUCCCAUCCUGGAGCUACCUGGACGCUGGGAUGAUGGGCUUCGCCACCUGGUAACGCUCAGCUUCGGGUCUGACCAGCUGCAGGGCCUGGGACCACGGCUGCAUGUGGGCAGCGGGCCCCUCACUGCUGCGUCUCAGCCCUUCCGUGGUUGCCUCCAGGACCUGCAACUCAACGGCUUCCACCUCCCCUUCUUCUCACUACCACUGGAGAACUCAAGCAAGCCCAGCCCAUUGAGCAGCAGGCAGACCUGGAACCUCACUGUGGGCUGUGUCUCAGAGGAUACAUGCAGCCCCAAUCCCUGUCUCAAUGGUGGGACAUGCCUUGUCACCUGGAAUGACUUCCAUUGCACCUGCCCUGCUAACUUCACAGGGCCCACGUGUGCCCAGCAACUGUGGUGCCCUGGUCAGCCAUGCCUCCCACCUGCCAUGUGUGAGGAGGUCCCUGAUGGCUUCGUCUGUGUGGCAGAGACUACGUACCUCGAGGGUCCCCCAGUGGAGUUCAGUGGACACAACGUGUCAGCAGCACACACUCUGGGUGACCUCUCACUGGCCUUCCGGACCCGUGACCUUGAAGCGAGGCUGCUGAGCGCUAUGGUGGGCGCCCACGCCGUGUGGCUGGCUGUGCACAAUGGCUCGCUGGCUGCCGGCGUGCACAGCGGCCAUGGCCUGCUUGGCGCCCUGCUGUCUCCGCCAGGGCCACACGUGGCAGACGGCACCUGGCACCGCGUGGACCUGACCAUGGAGCAGCCGCCGGCGGCGGCCGCAUCACGCUGGCUUCUGCGGCUGGAUGGCGCAGCGACACCCAUGGCGCUGAGCGGACUGGCCAGAGACCUAGACUUCCUGCGAGGCCCAGACGCCGUGCGCGUCCUCCUGGCGGAGAACUUCACCGGCUGCCUGGGCCGCGUGGCUCUCGGAGGUCUCCCGCUGCCCCUAGCGCGCCCGAAGUUCGACGUGACGCCCGGGCCCCGGGAGCGCUUCGCGGCUUGGCCAGGGGCACCGGCCCCGCGCCUAGGCUGCCGCGGCGCGUCCGUUUGCGCCCCCACGCCCUGCCUGCACGGCGGCGCCUGCCGCGACCUCUUCGACGCCUUUGCCUGUGCCUGCGGCCCCGGCUGGGAAGGCCCGCGCUGCGAGGCUCGUGUUGACCCGUGCCGCUCAGCGCCCUGCGCCCGGGGCCGCUGCCACGCGCGCCCUGACGGCCACUUCGAGUGCCGCUGCACCCCCGGCUUUACGGGCCCGCGCUGCAGGGUGCCCAUCCCGCUGGAGGAAUGCAGCCUGAACUUCACUUGCCUUAAUGGUGGACAGUGCGAGGUGGGACCUUGGGGUGCCAACUGCAGCUGCCAGGAGGGCUUUGCCGGCCGCAGGUGUCAGAUCCCGCCCCUUCCCUGUGAAGUUAGCCCUUGUUUGAAUGGGGGCACAUGCCGGGCAGCUGGUGGAGUGUAUGAAUGUAUCUGCAGUGCCACCUUCUCGGGCCGGUUCUGUGAAGUGGUGAAGGGCCUCUCUCUGCCGCAGACGUUCCCACUGCUGGAGGUGGCAGUGCCCGCAGCCUGUGCCUGCCUCCUCCUCCUCCUCCUGGGCCUCCUCUCAGGGAUCCUGGUGGCCAAAAAGCGCCGCCAGUCGGAGGGCACCUACAGCCCGAGCCAGCAAGAGGUGGCUGGGGCCCGGAUGGAGAUGGACAGUGUCCUCAAGGUGCCGCCAGAGGAGAGACUCAUCUAG